AUGACAGACACUACCCGGGGAGCAUACAGACAACUCAAGAAUGACGACGGCUUGAUGGAAGGUCUCCUUGGGAAGCACGUAGUCGUUGUGAUCUGUUUGGUUUCAAUUGGCUUCCUGCUUCUCCGGCCUCCAAGUGAACAGCAGUGUGCGCGAAGGCUAUCAGCAUAUUCGACCGCUAUAGAUGCAGUAGAAUAUCGUGAUAUCAAAUUUAAUAGUUCUGUCAAGCACCAGUCGGUCUACAAGGGAGAGCCCAACCCCGAGCUCGACCGUGCAUGGGCUGGAUUAGUCCUCGGCACGGGCCUGACGUCAAUCUCGGAUGCAAUAUUGCAAAAGCUAGGAAAAUCAGGGCAGCCUUCACUUGUGAAGUUUCUGGAUGAAGAUGGUGGCGGGUAUAUGGCUACCAUGGAAGUAUCACAUCAACUUCACUGCCUGAAUCUGCUACGCAAGUCUACCUACUUUGACUACUACAGUUCCAAAGACGCCUUGUUCGGAAAUGGACCGAUGUAUCGCCAACAUCUAGAUCAUUGUACAGAAAUCCUGCGGCAACAACUCAUGUGCACAGCCGAUGUUGGGCUCAUCACAUAUAACUGGGUCAAAGGCUACAAGCAGCCAUUUCCGGACUUCAAUACUUGGCAUAAAUGCAGAGACCUCGACAAGUUGAUUACAUUAACUGUGGCCGCCAUAUUGAGGGCGAUACACCCUACCGCAGAUGCUGUAUUCAAACUUGAGUACGGCUCCGAGUCACGGUUUCUGGCGCUUCCGCUUUUGAGACCUGCCGCGUCUCCAAUGGCCGGCAUGUUCCGGUCCCUACUAGCUAGACAAUCAGUGCUUUCUGCUCGAGGCAACACAGCACGUCCCUCGGGUAGACUUUGCUCAAGACUGGAAUCCGAAGCCGACCGGAUUCAGCCCGAUAAGCUAACUUGGGGCCAACCCGUCCUUCGAGCCUCACUGAGAAGUCGGUACCUCAUCUCGUCUCCUGUAAACGAUGCUUAUCUCGAUGCUCAUGCGCACAUGAAUUUCGAUAAAAUCUGCGACUUCCUACUUGCCGACAUCUCUGAUCGUCUCCACUGGGUACGCGACCUCACACUUGCGAGAGAUAUAUUUGGGUCGGGAUUCAAGUCACGGUGGUACAAUCUCGAAGAUGGUGAGAACGUAAAUCUUAAUUGGGUACCUGUCUUCCUUGAGGUCCUACAACUUGCCAACAAUCUCCGUCGACUGUCAAUAUCUGGUACUGAGGUGCUGCUCAAGACGGAGCCUGCGAUCGGGGAUGCAUUCGUCGCCCUUCCGGAGCUCACGUCGUUAGAGCUCAAUCACGCUGGCUCACACACAAUAAGAAUGCUAGCCAGGCUACAGAGCACGGUGCGGCAUCUCAUCGUCCACCACGAUACAGCAAGCGAUACAGGACGGACCUUCUACGAGUACUUGACUCAUGGGGUGACAUUUCCCGGUGUCGAGACCAUUGAGUUCGGAGACCUCGACAGUGAACUUUACCCGCUCACUACAAAACUCUACCUCGACAGACAGUGGCCUAACGUGCGCCAUCUGACCCUAUCUCAAGGGUGUUUCAUCUCGCUGUCGACGUGCACGCGACUGUUCCCCGGCAUUCGUUCGCUCCACCUGAAGUCCGCCCCUGGAUAUGAUCCUCACGGCGUACUCUUAUGGCCAAACCUCGACCUCGUACGCGUUCAGGGUGGGAAUCCAAAUAGCCUCACGGUGAUCAGUUGUCCAGUCCAUUAUCUGAAACUCCGCGACGACAGCGGCGAAUGGUAUAAGUCCCCCCGCAUCCUCAAAGUCAUUCAAGCGCCCUCGCCUGUUGUACUAUCAAUAAGGGCACGUGCCCCUCUCAACGACUUGAGUUUCUGGAUAGCACUCCUUCAGUGUGCUCCACGACUGCGGUGUCUCGAUAUCAUUAUGAUCUAUGAUGAUACCGUGAAAGAUCGUCUCUGCAAGUGGAUCGAAGACAUAUCGGAUGCUUUCGCGUCCUCACGCCUCCUUUGCAUCAGGAUCCGCAUCCACGACCGGUUCUGUGAGCUGUCGGAUAUACACUUCCUGCUUCCUUCCUUGGAACACUUCGCCCGGGUCGUGCAUCCACUACAAUAUCUUGCCUUCGGUCUCGGAAAUCUGGACUAUCUGUCCAAAGCCAGACUCGGUCGCUUUCGUGGGAAGACAUGGUGGUGGCGUGUCUCCAUAUGUGAGGAGGGCAGAUCUAUUGAGGCCAUAUUGCGCGAAUCGGGGAAGCAUAUACUCGCGGCGAUUCGCUCCGCAGACUUUGGUGACGGGAAGAACCUGGACGGUAUGAACUUUGUGCGGCCGUCAGAACGCAGAUGUCUCACCGAUCGCAGUGGCGGUGAUGGCUGCAUCAUGGUGUCUGCCGCCGGAGCGCCCUCUGCUAGUCCGCGUGCAGGCCAGCUCCUGCUUGUUCCCUCUCAUCUGAGCCUGCUGAGGCCGAAUUCCGUCGACAACUCAAGUUGCCUGUUACGCCCACCCUUCCGCGGAAGCAAGAAGUGGAAUGCCCGUACAGACGCGGUCCGUCAAGCCUAUUUGCACGCUUACGCAGGAUACAAGAAGUUUGCUGGAACCAGCGACGAGCUCCUGCCUCUGUCGGAUGGCUCCGUAAACAAUUUCAACGGCUGGGGAGUAACGCUAAUUGAUGGUCUCGACACUAUGUGGAUCAUGGGCUUGCACGAGGAGUUUUACGAAGCUAUUCCCAUAGUCGCAAACAUGACAUUUGCUCAAGACACGAAAUCAUACGCUCCCUUCUUCGAGACUGUCAUUCGCUAUCUAGGAGGGCUGCUGUCCGCAUACGCGCUCUCCGGGGAGCCGAUAUUGCUUACUCGUGCGGACGAUCUUGGACGAAUGCUCCUGCCUGCUUUGAACACGACGUCGGGAUUGCCUAUGUAUGCGGUGAAUACGGUGACCGGGGAGACGAGGGAAGGAUGGACCCACGGGACGGUGUUGUGGGCUGAAGCGCUCAGCUGCCAACUGGAAUAUAAAUAUCUCGCGCAUUUGACAGGUAGGAGGGAGUACUUCGAAGAUGUCGAGCGAAUCAUGGACAUCAUGCGCGAUGCACAAGUGACUAACGGCAUGUUCCCGACGAGAUGGAACCUUUCUAAAGGCACGCCGAUGAAUUCGCAUUUCUCCGUGGGAGCCUUCGCUGAUAGCGCCCACGAAUACCUGCUCAAACAAUGGCUGCUGACGUCAAAGUCGGAACCCAAGGCGCGAGACCUCUAUCUGCGUGCUGCGACCAGUAUUAUCGAGAGCCUGCUCUACAUCACACCGAACCGCAACCUGCUCUACGUCACUGACACCACCGGCGGCUCGCCAAGCCAUACCUUCGAGCACCUCUCAUGCUUCCUCCCCGGUCUGCUCGCGCUCGGGGCACACACACUUGGCCUCCCGCCACACGAACGCGAGGUGCACGCGUGGGCCGCGCGCGGGCUUGCGUACACGUGCUGGAUCACGUAUGCGGACCAAGCGUCGGGACUCGGCCCAGAUGAGGUCCGCAUGGAGGCGAUCCGCAAGUCAGAGGAGAACCCGCACGGCGGGCUCUGGGUUCACCACCUCGAUCGAUGGAUUCUCGCGGGACGCCAGGGGGGCGUGCCUCCAGGGCUGGUGGAGGUGCCGACGCAGCCACGGGGGCAUCGGGACUAUAGCUCGCGCAAGGCGGGAUAUUACCUACGUCCUGAGGCGGUAGAGAGUUUCUACAUCAUGUGGAGGACAACGGGCGAUGAGGUGUGGAGGGAACGAGGCUGGGCGGUAUUUCAAGCAAUAGAACGGGAGGCCAAGACAGAUAGCGGAUACGCCAGUCUGCUCAGCGUCGAUGAGUCGCCUGCAUCACUGAAGAACGAGAUGCCAAGGGCUCGUGGUGUGUUCAGCUUCUUCAUGGCAGAAACGUAA